CAUCUGGCGAGGACCAAAUAUAAACUGCACAGACAGUUCAGGUUAUACUGCUUUACAUCAUGCAGCUUUAAAUGGACACAAGGAUAUAGUUCUCAAAUUACUUCAGUAUGAAGCAUCAACUAAUGUGGCAGAUAAUAAAGGUUAUUUUCCUAUUCACUUGGCUGCUUGGAGAGGAGAUGUAGACAUUGUGAAGAUUCUCAUCCAUCAUGGGCCAUCACACUCCAGAGUGAAUGAACAGAACAAUGAAAAUGAAACAGCACUGCAUUGUGCAGCUCAGUAUGGUCAUUCGGAAGUAGUUGCUGUUCUGUUAGAAGAGCUAACAGACCCUACAAUAAGGAACAACAAACUAGAAACACCUCUGGAUCUGGCAGCACUUUAUGGACGUCUGCGUGUUGUAAAAAUGAUCAUCAAAGCAUAUCCAAACCUGAUGAACUGUAAUACAAGAAAACACACUCCUUUGCAUCUUGCUGCACGUAAUGGCCACAAAGCUGUUGUACAGGUGCUUCUGGAGUCUGGAAUGGAUGUCAGCUGCCAAACAGAAAAAGGGAGUGCACUACAUGAAGCAGCCCUUUUUGGGAAGGUGGAGGUAGUACGUAUUUUGCUUGAAACAGGAAUUGAUACCAACAUAAAGGACAGUUUGGGUAGAACAGUUUUAGAUAUUCUUAAAGAACAUCCAUCUCAGCAGUCACUCCAAAUUGCAGCUCUACUUCAAGAAUAUAUGGAAACAGGAAAUGCAAGUAUUUCAGAGGAACGCCCACUGGAAUGCGCAGAACAUCAGUCUUGCAUUUUGUCCCCAGAAGUUCCUCCGUCUCCAAAGGCUAAAAGUGAAGCUGUGACUGGAGAAUUAUCAAAGCUCUUAGAUGAAAUCAAAUUGUGCCAAGAAAAGGAAUACUCUUUUGAAGAUCUGUCUCGUACAGUAUCAGACCAUUAUCUGGACAAUUUUAGUAAAGUAUCAGAGGAAGAACUUAUGACCAGUGGAAGCCAAACCAAGCUUAAUGUAAGGCCGCCUUCAACUUGUUUAUCACCAAGAGAGGAGGAAGAUGAUGAUGCUGGUGAAAAUACUUGUGGUCCUUCAGGUUUAUGGGAGGCAUUGACACCUUGUAAUGGAUGCAGGAACCUCGGAUUUCCUAUGCUUGCACAGGAAUCUUAUUCAAAGAAGAGAGGUUAUGCAUUGGAAGCAAUACCCUCUGUACCUCUGGAUGCAGUUCCUUCAGAAAAUGACAGCAGUCUUUGUGAUUCGAUAGACAUAGCAGUGACCAAAAAACCUUGUUCCCUAGAGAUAGCAAGAGUACCUUCCUCAAGACCAG